AUGGAACAAGUUGAGGUUUUAUCAUCAUCAUCUUCCUACUUAUCAGGAGGUUGGAAUUUAUUAAAUCCUGUGCUAUCUUUGAAAUCCCCUAUUUCUGAAACUACUACUGAUGAUAGUAUGUUUAUUAAUUCUAACAAUGUGACUAGUAAUACUCUUGUUUCUCAAUGGUUAGGAUGUCAUACUAAGAAGGAAAGUUGGGGUCCAUUAUCUUCAAUUUAUAAUGAUUUAACUCCAUGUUUUUUACAAGGGGUAUUAUUUGGUAUAUCAGCAAUAUUAAUGAUUGUCUGUGGAUCAUAUCAGAUUUAUUAUUUGAGAAAUAAAAAAAUUUCCAUAGCUAAUAGAAUCAAUUAUUCAUUUUAUGUUAAAUUGUUGUUAGUUCUUAUUCAAUUAAUUUUCCAAAUCGGAUUGGUUUUGCAUUAUCCAUCUGGAACUGGUAUUAUUUAUUCGUCUUUGAUAUUGAAUUCCGUUGCAACUUUUAUCGCUUUAGGCGUUCAUUAUUUAGAACAAUUCAAAUCAACUAUUCCAAAUGGUGUGUUGUUAUUUUAUUGGUUGUUUCAAAUAUUGAUGAAUUUGGGAAGAAUUGCUAAUCUUUACUUGAGAAAUAAAAUCGAUUCUGAUUUUUCUACUUUGGUAAUCUUAUCCACUGUUAAUGCAUUUAUCAUCUUGGUUAUUGAAAUUGCUAUUCCUAUGAAAUCAAUUGAUUAUUAUCAAAGAAUUGCCAAUGAAUCCCCUUAUGACCGUGCUAAUAUUUUCUCGAGAAUUACAUUUGAUUGGAUGGGUGGAUUAAUGAAAAAAGGUUAUCACAAGUAUUUAACUGAAGAGGAUUUGCCACCAUUACCUAGAGAUUUGAAAGCCAGUAAGACUAGUAAGAAAUUCGAUCAUUAUUGGUAUAGUCAACCAGCCCAAAAGAAAUCCAUCCCUUGGGCAAUUGCUCGUGCAUUUGGAGGACAAUUUUUAAUGGGUGGUGUAUUUAAAGGAGCUCAAGAUGCUUUGGCAUUUGUUCAACCCCAAUUGUUACGUUUGUUGAUUAAAUUUGUCAAUGAUUAUUCUCAAUCAGUUAAACAAGGCGAACCAAUCCCUCUUACUCGUGGGUUAUUAAUUGCUGUUUCCAUGUUUAUUGUUUCUGUCGUUCAAACUGCAUUUUUACAUCAAUAUUUCCAAAGAGCAUUUGAUUUAGGUAUGAAAAUCAAAUCAUCCUUGACUUCUGUUGUGUACAACAAAUCUUUGGUUUUAUCAAAUGAAGCUAGACAAGAAUCUUCCACCGGUGAUAUUGUUAAUUUAAUGUCUGUUGAUGUUCAAAGGUUACAAGAUUUGGUUCAAAAUUUACAAAUCAUUUGGUCUGGACCUUUCCAAAUUAUCUUGUGUUUGUAUUCCUUACAUUCAUUACUUGGAAAUGCUAUGUGGGCUGGUGUCGCCAUUAUGAUCAUUAUGAUUCCUUUAAAUGCCGUUAUUGCCAAAACUCAAAGAAGAUUACAAAAAACCCAAAUGAAAUACAAAGAUGAAAGAUCAAGAUUAAUUAAUGAAAUUUUAAACAAUAUCAAGUCCUUGAAAUUAUAUGCUUGGGAAAAACCAUUCUUGAAACAAUUAAACCAUGUUAGAAAUGAUAAAGAAUUGAGAAAUUUGAGAAAAAUGGGUGUUUUUGUUGCAUUCACCAAUUUCACUUGGAAUUUAGCUCCAUUUUUGGUUAGUUGUUAA